AACAACUUCUCCAACCCGGAAUGACCAUACAGUGGCGUGAUCCUGGUCUACUCUCCUCCACGCGUGUGGAUCACAGCGGCGCUUUCCCAUUGCUGUGUCAUGGUGAGUUCCUCUUUCCUAUUGGUCCAUCAGCCCCUUCAUUACCUUUCCUCCAGCUGGCCCUCCCUUCCCCUAGGCAGCCUGGGUGCAAAGGUCAGCCUCCAGGGGGCCGGACCCAAGCUCAGACUCGACGGGCCGCAUAGACUCUGAUCCCACUGUGCACACAGCGGUGGAGGCCUGAGAGCAACACACCGUCGUUUGGCAUGGAGAGUCUGACAGUCUCCGUUGUGGUCGCCGCGUCUGUGGUGGUCCUCUCUGUGCUUUACUUCCUCCUCCGAGGUGGCGGCGAGAAGCUUCCGAAGACACUGCUGGAUUCCACGGUUAAAUAUUCCCUGCCACUCACUGAAAAAGAGGACAUAAGUCACGACACAAAACGGUUUCGCUUCGCUCUUCCCACUCCCACACACAUCCUUGGGCUGCCAAUAGGACAGCAUGUGUACCUGUCGGCCAAGGUGAAUGGGAGCCUGGUGAUACGGGCAUACACUCCUGUCUCCAGCGACCAGGACCGGGGCUUUGUGGACCUGGUGGUCAAAAUAUACCGCAAAAACACUCACCCCAGCUAUCCGGAGGGAGGCAAGAUGUCCCAGCACCUGGACACCAUGAGCAUCGGAGACAAAAUAGACUUCAGAGGGCCCAACGGACUGCUCGUGUACACAGGAAAUGGUAAAUUUGCCAUUCGACCUGAUAAGAAAUCUGAGGCCAAGGUCCGUAAAUUUAAACAUCUGGGAAUGAUCGCUGGGGGAACAGGCAUCACUCCCAUGCUGCAGCUGAUUCGCAGUAUCACAGCAGACCCAGCGGACCAAACCAAGUGCUCGCUCAUAUUCGCCAACCAGACUGAGAAGGAUAUCCUCCUGCGGAAGGAACUAGAAGAGGUGUUGAAGAGUCACCCUGACCAACUGAACCUGUGGUACACUCUGGAUAAGCCUCCGCCGGCCUGGAAGUACGGCUCCGGGUUUGUGAAUGCGGAUAUGAUGAAAGAGCACCUUCCACCGGCAUCCAGCGAUGUGCUCAUUGUCAUGUGUGGCCCCCCCCCCAUGAUCCAGCACGCAUGCCUACCCAACCUCUCCAAACUGGGCCACAAAACAGAAAAUACCUUCAUUUACUAG